AUGGCCGGUGCCCCGACCCUGGAGUCCCUGUCCCCACGCUGGCCCCUGCGGCUGUCCUCCAGCGAACCGGACGGCACAGAUGUGAAGCCACUUCGCCAAGGUCUCGUGCUGGAGGCCAGGGUGAGCCCCGUCUCUGGACCGAGUGGCCAGCCAGCAUCCUCAGUGGCUCCCAGGCCUCCAGGCAGCCCCUCACCUGGCGGAAGCGCCAUGGCCGAGCUCAAGGCGCUGUCGGGGGACGCGUACCUGGCGCUGGGCCGCGGCUACGCGGUGGCGACGGGCGGCCUGGCCUACGGGGCGGCGCGGGGGCCCGAGGGCGGCCCGGGCGGCGAGCUCCCCGCGGGCGCGGCGCCCCAGGGCGCGGCCGAGAGCAGCGGCGAGCAGAGCGGCGACGACGACGACGCCUUCGAGCGGCGGCGGCGGCGGCGGCGGCGGGGCGCGGGGGGCGCGGGCGGCGCGGGGGGCGCGGGGGAGGCGCGGCGGCGGCCCCGGGAGCAGCGCUCGCUGCGGCUGAGCAUCAACGCGCGCGAGCGGCGGCGGAUGCACGACCUGAACGACGCGCUGGACGGGCUGCGGGCCGUCAUCCCCUACGCGCACAGCCCGUCGGUGCGCAAGCUCUCCAAGAUCGCCACGCUGCUGCUCGCCAAGAACUACAUCCUCAUGCAGGCGCAGGCCCUGGACGAGAUGCGGCGCCUCGUGGCUUACCUGAACCAGGGCCAGGGCCUGGCGGCGCCGGUGGCCGCUGCGCCCCUGCCGCCCUUCGGCCAGGCCGCCGUGUACCCCUUCUCGGCGGGCGCCCCGCUGCCCUGCCCCGACAAGUGCACCGCCUUCUCCGGGACGCCCUCCGCGCUUUGCAAACACUGUAACGAGAAGCCCUGA